ACAAUCUUUCUUCUCUACUUGACUGGAACUCUUAAAACUUCCCCAACCAGGGCUCUUCUUUACUCCUAACCACUUGGUGGUUGAAGGUUCCUAUUAUGAACCUCUUGAGGUUGUUGGAUGGUCUCCAUGGUGACUGAAUAUUGUAGCGUACUUGCAACAUUUGUAAAUUUGCCUGAAUGCUGAAGUUUGUCAUCCUCAUGUUGUAUGUAGAAGUGCAUAACAAACUAGUACUCAUAACAAGUCUUGUUGUCUAACAUCGUAUGGUGUAUGAGCUUCGUUUGCCUCCAAGUUGUUAUCUUUUGUACUUUAGCAGUUUUAAAAGUAUGCAUGGGACUAGAUUCAAUUGUAUGAAUUAUAUAGGAUAGAUUGGGAUCUUCUGUCUGUGUAAAUUGCUUAAACUUAAGUUAUUUGGAUGAAUUGCACCAUGAAUUAAAAUUGAUUUUUUUUUGUGUGUGUGAAAUCUGGGCAUCUCACAUAAGAUUGUGCCCAUAACUCUUCAUAUGGGCUCUUGGCUGACAGCUUCAAGGGUCAAAUGUUUCUUCAAAUAGUAACUUCUUAAUGUCACUAAUCUAUUGAUUUUAUUUCAGAAAUGCAAGUAUUUCUUGUAGUUAAACCGCCAAGCUCAACAGUUUCUUUGGCGCAGGAUUACUUGGACUUUCCAUGAUCUUCCUGGAUGGAUGGUUCUCUGCAUCCCUUUUCUGGCUUGUUCCCAAGAUACAUGUUAAUGUUUUUCCGAAAGGACCAAUAUGAUCCACCAUGGUUCUACCAUCCCACACUUACCUCAGACCAUUGCCCCUUUCCAUUUGUCAUGCUUUGUCAAGUAUUCAAUUCCCAACAUGUUCCACAUAGAAAUCAUGAUCAUCUCGGUACCAAUGGCAGGUUUUGUGUUUGCUCCAACAAAUUUCUCAUUUCCCCACUCUGAAUCAUUGGUUCGGUUGGUAAUUCCAUUUAGUAAUUGUGGUUUAGUAGUCUCAGGAGCCCACAAAGGAGGCAUAAUGGUUGAAAACUUUAGCGAAUUAGCUUUACUGUCUACCUUCAAACUGGAGACCUGUUGUUUGGUUUCUCAUUGUGUCGAUUCUACAGGUUUUGCUUUUGUGUACAUGGAAGAUGAGCGGGAUGCUGAUGAUGCAAUUAGAAGACUUGACAGGAUAGAGUUUGGUAGAAAGGGGCGUAGACUUCGUGUUGAAUGGACCAAGCAAGAACGUGGUAUAAGAAGGCCUGGUGGGAGCCCAAAAAGAUCUUCAUCUAAUUCAAGACCUUCAAAAACUCUGUUUGUUAUAAACUUUGAUCCGAUUCAUACUAGGACAAAGGACCUAGAGAGGCACUUUGAGCCUUAUGGAAGAAUAUCAAAUGUGAGAAUCAGAAGGAAUUUUGCAUUUGUGCAGUUUGAGUUGCAGGAAGAUGCCAGUAGAGCAUUGGAAGCACUACAUAUGAGCAAGUUUAUGGAUAGAGCUAUUUCUGUUGAGUACGCAAUUCGAGAUGAUGACGACAGAAGAAAUGGUUACAGCCCUGAUAGACGAGGCCGUGAUAUGUCCCCAGAUAGAAGAGGGCAUGGUCGUGGGAGAUCUCCCAGUCCGUACCGCAGGGAUAGGGGAAGCCCUGAUUAUGGUCAUGGAUCAAUCCCAAGUUCAAGAGCGGAGCCUCGGGGAAGUCCUGACUAUGGUAGAGCUGAGAGUCCUGUCAAUGAAAGAUAUCACAGUCGUUCACCGCCACCACGGGAGAGAUCUCGUUCUUGAGAAGGGAAGUUUUAAGUGGCAGUUUGUACGAACAUCAAAUUCAACUCUUUCUCUGCAUGUCCUUUAGCAACGCAAUCUGUAGUGCUUGUGCUGUCUGUGGACCUAGUCUAGUUAGUUGACUUGCUCUAUUUUAGUAGCUGUAGACAGAUUCUGUGAUUUCUUGGAAUUUUACUUGACUUGUGAUUAUUAUCCUUUGAAUGCUUAAAUUAGUGUUCUGAUAUUUUGGUUUGAAUGCUUCUAGUGUUGUGAUCUUUGUCUGAG